AUGCCUCCGAAACGCAAGUCGACAAACAGCACGAAACGAAGCUCGACAGCCGUCAACAACGACUCGCCCUUAAUCCUUUCUGAUAGUUCUUCAGAGGAUAUCGUGUCUUCUCAGUCACCUAUCAAGAGCAAGUCAGCCCGCUCUGCAAAGACAAAUGGUGUGGCAAGUAUGGCCAAUGCAAAGGGCAAGCUGACGAGGAGUUCGACGCGCACAAGCAUCAAAAGUGAUCAAGGUCAAAAGACCCAAGUAUUCGAGACGCCUCCUAGAAGGACUGCAAUCGCAAAUCCGAGCGGAAAAAUUCCGUAUGUCGAUGUGCCGAGGAGGACCAGUUCUCUCACCAACGUUAGUCAGAGUAGUGGGACACACAGUCGUCGUCAAUCCGCUCUCGACUCCCUUGCGCGCUCACGUUCACGUCGCACCACGAUCUCUACACCUGCUACACCAGCUUCUAGCGAACCACCUCAUACAUCCGACGGCGAAAUCUUAACCGACGACGAACUCCAAUACAAAGACCCGCUCGAGUCGCUUUCGGACGAUGUAGAGAGUGACGAGAGUGUCUCCGAGUUUGAAGCCGAUUCGGUGUCGGAAGGGAGUGGAUUGGAUAUUGGAAAGAUGGGGUUGGACGACGAUAGUGAUGAGGCGAGCGAAAUCUCUGAAGUCGAGUUUGUCAAGAAGAACAAGACCGUGAAGAAGGCACCCGUAACCGCUAAGAAGGCACCAGAGUUCAAGAUUGGAGGGUCGAGUUUCGACUUGGGCAAAAAGGCGUCUGCGUUCAAGACGAAUGGCAAGACCAUCACCCCUCUCAAGCGCGGAGCAAAACCUAUCAAGCCGACAGCCCCCCCUCUCAAACGCGGCACCAAAGCUACCAAUGGAAUGGACGUGGAUGAAGAUGGAGAAGGCCAUGGAGUAGAUACGGACGACGAGAUGGUCCAAGCGGCUAUUCGUGCGAGUUAUGCUACAGCCGCUCAAGAGAUCCUUCGCGAAUUCUCGAGUGGAGGAGCUGGCCCUUCUGGCUCUUCCAAUAACAACGAUCGCAUGUCGAUGAGCGUGUCACCGGCCAAGAAACCGAAUGGGGUUACCAAAGGAAAGAAAAAGGCCUUUGUGGUCGAUUCGGACGAAGAUUCGGAUGAGGUGCCGUUGGUGCAAAAGAAAAAGGUUGCGAAGGGCAAGGGAAAGAAACAGACAAUUGAGACUAUUGAUCUUGAAGAUGAUGAUUCGGAUGACGAUUUCAGGAUGGCUCCUCGAGCAGAGGACUCGAGUGCGAAUGGGAGUGCGGACAAGCAAGCCAAAGUUAUCCAAAAGAAGGAAGAGGCGCAAGAGCGCAAGCGUCUGGGCAGAAAAUUGACUUAU